UGCGUGACCCUCUCGCCCUCUCUCGCUCUCUCUCGCUCUCGCCAUUUUCACACUCUCUUUUUUUCUCUUGAUAAUGUAAAACCCUCCAUCAAACCACUCCCAAAAUCUUUGAAUCCUUCACAGACUUCUCUAAACCUUCAAGGCUCCUCUCAUGGCUGCUUCUCGGCUCUCGCUGCCGGCUCUGGUUUCUCUGACCUACAUUGCUCUGCUCUCGUCUUCUCUCUGCUUCGCGGCGGACCCCUACGUCUUCUACGACUUCAAGGUCUCCUACAUCACCGCCUCACCGCUCGGCGUUCCUCAGAGGGUGAUAGCGAUUAACGGGAAGUUUCCAGGUGAUCCCAUCAACGCUACUACAAACAACAAUGUUGUCAUUAAUGUGCAUAACGGGCUCGAUGAGGAUCUCCUUAUGACUUGGUCUGGAAUCCAGAUGAGGCGCAAUUCAUGGCAAGAUGGUGUUCUUGGUACGAAUUGCCCAAUACCGAAAACAUGGAACUGGACUUAUAGCUUCCAAGUCAAGGACCAGAUUGGGAGUUUCUUCUACUUCCCAUCUCUGAAUCUUCAGAGGGCUGCUGGUGGCUUUGGCUCUUUUCAUCUCAAUAAUAGGGAGGUGAUUGAUAUACCCUUUGCCAAGCCUGAUGGGGAUAUUUUUCUCAUGAUUGGUGACUGGUAUACUCAGAACCAUACGGCAUUGAGGACUGCUCUUGAUGCUGGAAAAGACCUUGGGAUGCCAGAUGGGGUUCUCAUCAAUGGAAAGGGGCCUUAUCAAUACAACAAGACCCUAGUACCUGAUGGGAUUCGGUUCGAAACCAUUAAUGUUGAACCAGGAAAAACUUAUCGGCUCCGUGUGCACAAUGUUGGUAUCUCUACCAGUUUGAACUUUAGAAUUCAAAAUCACAAUCUGCUUCUAGCUGAGACAGAGGGGUAUUAUACAGUCCAGCAGAACUAUACAAACUUUGAUAUCCAUGUUGGACAAUCGUAUUCUUUUCUUGUUACCAUGGAUCAAAAUGCCAGUAGUGAUUACUACAUUGUGGCAAGUGCAAGGUUUGUUAAUGAAUCAGUUUGGCAGAGGGUUACAGGUGUUGCUGUCUUACACUAUUCAAACUCUAAAGGACCAGCAAGCGGUCCUCUUCCUGAUGCUCCCAAGGAUGCUUUUGACCCACAAUGGUCGAUGAACCAGGCAUUGACUGUCAGGCAAAACGGAUCUGCAAGUGGAGCUCGCCCUAACCCUCAGGGAUCAUUUCGUUAUGGUUCAAUUAAUAUCACUGAUACUUACGUGUUGAAGACUGUGCCACCACUCACAAUUGAUGGAAAACUGCGAGCUACAAUAAAUGGCAUCUCUUUUGUCAAUCCUCAGACACCAAUCAGGCUUGCUGAUCAGCACAAAGUUAAAGGAGCUUAUAAGCUUGAUUUCCCCAACAUGUCACUUAAUAGACUACCCCGAAGAGACAUGUCAGUUAUCAAUGCUACAUAUAAGGGUUUUAUUGAAAUUGUAUUCCAGAACAAUGAUACCACAGUGCAGACCUUUCAUUUGGAUGGAUAUUCCUUUUUCGUUGUUGGAAUGGGUUAUGGUAAUUGGACAGUAGAUAAUAAAGCAACUUAUAACAAGUGGGAUGCUAUCUCUCGCUGCACCACACAGGUCUACCCUGGGGCAUGGACUGCUGUGCUUAUCUCACUUGAUAAUCCUGGAGCAUGGAAUCUUAGAUCACAAAACCUUGAUAGAUGGUAUAUGGGACAAGAGACCUAUUUGAGAAUUGUCAAUCCUGAGGAGAAUGGAGAAACAGAGUUUAGUGCGCCCGAUAAUGUACUGUAUUGUGGUGCCUUGGCCAACUUACAGAAGAAACAGAACCAUUCGUCUGCAUCAUCAAUUUCAAGUGAAGCUUCCCUGCUGUUUUUUUCGCUGCUGAUGGCUUUCUUCACCUUGGUCUGUACCUUUAGGUUAUAGAUGAUAGCAGUUCUGUUUAUCAAAGCAAUAGCAGCCUCCUAUUGUAGUUUAGGCUUGCACAUUUGUUCCUUUGGGUGGUUUCAGUGACAUUUGCUUCAUUUUUUGGUCACUUGCGAUACUCCAUAGUCCAUACUAAAGUGUAACUCUUAGGUCAUUUCCAAUCCAUCAUCAUUCUUUGUGCGUUUCAACUCUUGUUAUGUGUACUGGUGAAUGAUUAACCCAUUCUCAAUACCAUUUUGACAUCCUUAU